GUGGGAAAAGUUUAAUUUACGGAUAAGUAAGAAAGUAGGUCACACAAAAGAAUGCACACAUAACCCGAAAAUACACAACACAAAAAGAACACCGCCAAGCUGGGGCGAAAGUUAAGCAAAGUAAAUAAUGAAGAGAACCAACUAACGCUGUAAAUAAUAGCAAUCGAAGAAAGACAAAAGCAAAGAGCACACAAAAUAAUGUCGUAGAGUGGCGGAGUCUGCUACCAAUAUCAUCCGACCAUUCAUCGAAUAUAUACACAUUCUCUUGGAUGAACCCAAUUAGAAUAACAAUAGCCGGCGCUGCGAAAGUCAAUCACUGAAGCGAGGCUAUAAAUGCGCCGGCUAAAGUGUCGCUCGAAUUCAGUUAGUCAGUUCGGCAACGCAUGUGAAUCCAUUACCACAGAGGAGAUACCAAGAGUAGAUUUCGAUUUUCGUACGGUAUGUUAAUACGUUACGUGUUGUUGGUGAUCGCGGUGCUUUGUUUGACAUGCUGCGCGGUUAGCGGAGAUACAAAGCCCGGCAAAUUGACGAGCUUUCGUCCCAUCUCACAGGCGGAAUAUGAGGCCAUACUCAGCCUAACCGAUGGUAAGACGGUAGUAUCGGAGGGUCGGCUCAUAAAUGGCGGCCUCGCGGCAUUGGCCGGUUUGACUUCCGGUUGGGUUACGAGUCUGCGUUUCCCCAAUAUCUUCGGCUCAUUCGGCUCGGCGCAUAAGUCACCGAACGCGAGUUAUCCACUGUGUGUCAUCAGAACUGAAGAUGCGCCCGGGAGCGAACAUCAUCACGAGCAUCAUGGCCAUCAUGAGCAUCAUGAACACCACAGUCGACAACGCCGUUCGGAUGAUAGUGAUAGUCAUGAAAGUGCGGAGCAUGAGUACCAUCAACACCUACAGCAACAUGGCGAUCACUCACAUGAAGACGUGAGCGGAGAACACGACAGCAGCAUUGAGAUGGUGUGGAAUACGAACAAAUUGGCGCCGGUUGUGAAUUGUAUUGUUGUGCUGAGAGAAGAUGAUGAUGAUCAUCACACAACAACUAGGCGACCGAGGCGAAAGCGCAGGAAGCAAAGACCACGCCCGGUUUUACUUCCAGUGCCGCCGCCACCACCUCCACCGUCAUAUCAACCAACAUAUCAAUAUCCACCUCAGCCCCAGCCUCAGCCCCAACCACAACCACCCCCGCCGCCGCCACCAUCACCAGCGGCGGCUUAUCCAUAUUCGGCAGCGCAGAGUCCAUACUCUGUUGGCCCAGCACCACCACCGCCACACGGUAGUUAUAACAAUCCCUGGUAUUGGCCAACGCCUCAAUACAAUCCAUAUUACAGUGAGCCGUCAACUUUUACCGGUAUUUAUCCACCUGCCUAUCCGGAUAUUUACGCAACAACUAAUCCAAGCGCUUAUACUCGCAAUUACCCAGGCGCCUAUUCUGGCUCUUUUGCCGCCCCUCCCGCAAGCAAUAAUCCUGGUACUUAUUACGACGCCCCUCCAAGCGCCUAUCCAGAUCCUCCCCCAAGCACUUACCCAGGCGAUUCUUACAACCCUCAGCCAAACAGCUAUACAAGCGAUUAUCCCAUUAGGGAGAUCCCAUUAAAUCGCGAAAAUCCUCCGUCACACUCUGAACCCAGCUACAACUAUGGUCCACCACCAAACUACAGCAGUGCUGAUGCUGGUCAACUACACUACUCGGAGCAUUAUAAUGAACACAUUAGAGAGAAUUAUCAUAGCGCUGCAAAGUCGAAAAAAUCAGCCUCAGCUGCAAAGGUACCCACAAAGCCCAACAAACAGAAGCCGAAGCGUACCGCCAAACCACGACCAUCAAAUGAUCAUGAGUCAUACGAGUCGGCGCCGACAAAAGGUCCAAUUAGACGCAGACAUACGAAGGUGAAACGUGACGAAAGCGGCAUACAAACGCGUUCGUAUGCCAAGAUCGCAAGCUACUCGGAAAGCGGCUAUCAGCCAACGCUGUACCCACAAAACAACUAUCAAUCCAACUACCCGAAGGUAUCCUACAGUCACGCCUUACCCUACCCGGCGCCCGUUUAUGUACGGAAUAGCAUUGAAGAGCCGUCUGUGGCGUCGAACACAACGCAAUACCGAUCAUAUGCGACUGAGGCGGGCAUACAAGCUGGAAGGCAAAAAUAGGGCUAAAUAAGUUAA